GCGUUAUUUUUAUAUAUAUAUAUAUAUGCUCAAAAGAACGGACCACUCUGCUCUGUAAAAUGGGCGGGACCAGUCACAUCCGGGUAUUUUGACCGUUCCUGGCGAGAAGCGGACUUUUGAAUUGGAAAAGUACUUGGGCUGCGACUGAUGACGUUUCACGAAUCCACACGAGAACGCAUAUUGAGAAAGGGCCCCAAACUCCCUGAGGAGCUGAUGAUAAUUGGCCUCACGUGUGUUGACAUCCGGAUCCAACGAGCGGACUUUGCCUCAUUGGCCACUGUUUGUUAAAUUUCGUCUGGAGGAAAGCGUGCACGCGUCGAAGUGCUCACGAGAAGUUGUGUCACGUCGAAUUAAAGUGAACGGCGGCUCGUGCUGAGCGAUGCUCACUUCUUCCUCGUGGAGCUAAACGUGCGGUAAGUUGCAUGCUGCGGAUACGGAGUCACGCUUUGGUUAAGUUAUGGAAAACCGAGACUGAACUUCACUCCCACCUCCCAGCCUCGAAGCCACCUUUUGCAGGCCCUGUCACUGCUGUCCUCGGGUCUGAAUAUCAACGCCAUGGCAGGGGACAUGUUGGUCUGGAGUGGUCUGACCUGGAUGAAGCAGGUGGCCUGCAGAGCCUCACCAAGCGGCCUCCGCGGCCCCGGGCACCAGAGGCUGGUAAACUUCCAUCAUUCCGCAGGAUCAGCCAAGGAGACGUUCAACAGACAGCAGGACGCCUGCGUCCCCCGAGCCACAGCAGUACAGCGUUCUGCUACUGGCGCUUCUUUCAGUGCGUGUUACACAAGUGUUACCGGUGGACAGGCGGCGUGCAGCGGAAGGCCCGGCGACAAGCGUGUGAGGUACCGCAGCGACUGGUCCCGCCAGCUCCAUGCUGGUCAUACUAGGUUUUUUAACCAGGGCAACUCAACCCGGGGACCUCCUAAGCUGGUGGACGUCGAGGGAGCAGGAACCGCCAAGAAAAAAGACAUCAAGCAACAUAAACAAGUGCUCAGUGAAAGAUCCAGAGAGAGGAAAGUGCCUGUUACACGGAUAGGAAGGCUGGUCAAUUUUGGAGGUUUGGCGCUCGGACUUGGCUUUGGGGCAAUCGCUGAAGUGGCCAAGAAGAGUUUCAAAUCUCAUCAAGGAGGGAAAGGUGAUGAUAAAUCUGUCCUGGGCUCAAGUGCGUUCCUCUCUGAAGCAAACGCUCAAAGAAUCGUCCGGACACUUUGCAAAGUCAGAGGUGCUGCUCUGAAAAUUGGACAGAUGCUCAGCAUUCAAGAUGACGCCUUCAUUAACCCUCAGCUGGCCAAAAUCUUUGAGCGUGUUCGACAGAGCGCAGACUUCAUGCCCACCAAGCAGAUGAUGAAAGCCAUCACCAGUGACCUCGGCCCAAACUGGAGGGACAAGCUGGACUGCUUUGAGGAGAAGCCGUUUGCGGCGGCGUCCAUCGGUCAGGUGCAUUUAGCCAGACUGAAGGACGGCAGAGAGGUGGCCAUGAAGAUUCAGUACCCUGGAGUCGCCAAGAGUAUCGACAGUGACGUGAAUAAUAUCAUGACUCUUCUGAGUUUAAGCAACAUGCUGCCUCAAGGUAUGUUUCCUGAGCACCUCAUUGAGGUCAUGAGCCGGGAGCUGGCCCUGGAGUGUGAUUACAUAAGGGAGGCCAAAUGUGCCAAAAGAUUUCAAGAGCUGCUGAAGGAUAACCCGUACUUCUACGUGCCUGAUGUGAUCGACGAGCUGAGCAGCCCACAUGUCCUCACCACAACGCUGGUGCCGGGUUUCCCUCUGGACAAAGCCACCGAGCUCUCCCAGGAGCUCAGGAAUGAGAUUUGUGAGCACAUCCUGACGUUGUGCCUGAGGGAGCUUUUUGAGUUCCGAUUCAUGCAGACUGAUCCAAACUGGUCCAACUUCUUCUUUGAUCCCCAGGCUCACAAAGUUGCACUGCUGGAUUUUGGAGCUACUCGGGGAUUUGACAAGAGUUUCACUGACACCUACAUCGAGAUUAUUAAUGCUGCCGCCAAUAACGACCGAGAAGGUGUCCUACGGAGAUCCAGAGACAUGAAGUUCCUGACCGGAUACGAGUCGAAGGUGAUGGAGAACGCCCAUGUGGAUGCGGUGAUGAUCCUCGGCGAGGCGUUUGCUUCUGUGGAGCCCUUUGACUUUGGAGCUCAGAGCACCACAGCUCGUAUCCACAGCCUCAUCCCAGUGAUGCUGAGGGAGCGACUGACUCCGCCCCCCGAGGAAACUUACUCGCUUCACCGCAAGAUGGGAGGCUCCUUCCUCAUUUGCUCUAAACUCAAGGCCAGAAUACCCUGCAAGAACAUGUUCCGCGAGAUGUAUGAGAAGUACUGGAGAGACGGACGCCCUGCAUGAACCAACAAAGACCAGUGACCCCAAACCAUGUUUAAUCGCCCCUGUUGACCGGGACUCUCAGCCAGGCGAAGAUUGUGUCUACAUGAAUCUGUUGGGUGCAAACUAAUCUUAACUGUAUGGUUAGAGCAAUUGUAUACAGUCACAUCCAGACUGUCUGUUGAAAUGGAUGAAAUAUAUUCACCAUUUUCUGCACCCAUGAUUUGUAAGUUACUCAAAACAUUCAUGUCAACAGUACUAACCAAUUAUGCAAAUACUGAUUGUCUACUUUAAUGUGGCUAAACAUUGCUAUUGGAAUUUAUACAGGGGCUACACAUUAUCAUAGAACUGUAAUACAUUUAUCAAGGAAUAAUGUAAAUGCUCAUUUUAGAUGAGUUCUGUCAGCUACUUCAUAAAUAAACCUUGAGUGUAAAA